AUGCCCGGCAUGAACCACCAGAAUGCCUUCCAGUUCCCUCAACAGAUCCCUCAGCAGAAUCUGGCUCCUCCCACCCAGCCCAUGGCCCACCGCCGCAACCAGUCGGCCCUCCCCAACAUGGGUAUGGGACCUCCUCCCGCUCCCUCCUCUGGUGCCUCCGGCUCUGCCUUUGGUAGUUUCGAGAACCAGGGCACCCAGGGUCGUGAGAAUGCCGGCGCCAGCCGCGGCCGCGGCGGUGGCGCCGGCGGUGGUGGCCAUCAGCGUAGACACUCUUUGGCGCUCGCAGACGCGAAGAAGGCUGCAGACAUCGCUCAACAGAAGCGUACAACAUCCGGCUUCCAGUUCCCCGGCCCCAAUGCCGCUCCUGAGAAUGGCGCCGAAGGCGCGAGCGCCCCAGCUCAGCCCGAGAUUGCUCAGGGCUCCUUCUGGUGCCGGCCGUGCUCGCGGAGGCCACGGCCGUAA